AUGACUGGGCAGUCAGACGAGAAUGGACGUCUUUCACCACAUCAGCAGCGAAAGGUGCAAUGUCGAAAGGUGCCAUGCGAGAACGAAAAUAUCCCAGUAAUCAUUGGUGGUCCUGGAAAGCUAUCACUCAGCAUCGAGGAUUCGACAAUUGACAAGUUCCAAAGUUCCCCUGAAGAGUUCCUACAUACUGGUCCGAAUCCGGGAUAA